GCAUUCGGGCGUACUUCUGCUUCCGUGCCGGAUCAAUCCUCUUGGAAGCCUCCACGACAUCCACCAGUUACACGUCCUCUUCCUUCCCCAACGCUCAUAUCCGGUCGACAGUCUAGGCUCUGCCUCGCCACCCGCCUACCUUCGUGCAUGGAUUUCUUACCCAACGACGACCUCGCCCAAGCGGCCGCGUCCAUCGACGCUGUCUGUGACUUCCUCGACCAUGCCUCGAUCGACGAACUCCCCUCGCCGCCUUACGCGGAACUCCUACAGCCUAUCCACGCUCACAACACUCUGUCGAUCUGCGAGAGCAGCAAGCGGGAACAUACUGGGCGUCUCGCCAUCUCCCUGGCCACGAGCGCGCACGUCGCGAAGAAGUUACCUAAAGGCUGGGAAGGAGCGAUCGAGUAUGCCAUUUCCGUCUAUGUUCACCCACGAGUCCUGGAGAGCAUGGCGGACACCUUCAAUAUACGCGCCGCGGGCCCUACUCCCUCACACCUCGCCUUCCUCCGCUACGCGAGCGAUGCAAUCGGCUGCUACGGCGACAAAGGGCGAAGGGGUAUUGAAGCCUGGCUGCUGGAAAUCUACGCGCUACUACCGGCCAUACACAUACCUGGCGCAUUCUACGCAUCUGAAUCUGGCUCCUCGUACAAUUAUGACUUCGCUCGUGAUACUCUUGCCCUGCGUCUUGGAGAUCCCCCGACGCCACUCUCUAUCUCGUCCUCGCCAAGCCUCAACCUAAGCGGCCUUUCAUGGAAUUCGGAGGACGUCGACGACGAGUUUUCACAAUACUCUAUCUCGGACCUCAAUUCUGCUUCUGCUCAUCCUACCUGCGCGCUCCUCGAUCUCACCGUCGAAGCUCGCCGACAGAUAUCCGCCUGCGGCGACCAAUUCUUCGCUCAACGUCCUCUCGGCCCCCUUGAGCGCGGUCACCUACUCUCCCAGAGGCGCAGCACACUCGUUCUUGAACAUCAAGGGGCUCUCGUGCUCAACAAUCAUCUCUGGCCUGUUCUACUCUACCGCUGGCCGGACGCGUCCCUCGACUUCUGCGCCACUAUGCUCGAUCUUCUCACCAGCGACGUAUUUCUGGCGCACCUGCUCCUUCAGUGCUCGCAAGAGGUCCUGGCGCUCGAGGACGUGGAGGCCCUCGCUAGAGCUGUGCGCGCCUAUCUCGGACAGUACUGGCGGAUGCGCGGGUGGCACGCGACUCGCGAUCUGUGCUUGCAGGUCUGGGUACCUUUGAUAGACAUCGCAUUCGAUAUGGUUGGAUUGAGCGCUACGUCGGAGAAUGCUUUGGCUAGCGCCCUUUCCACCUCGGCCUCCAGCCUGAACUGCGGCGACGUAGACGAGACGCUGGUCGAAACCUCCGUCCCACGAUGCGGCUUACCAUCCUCGAUGAAGAAGAACAGGUCGCUUCGCAGAAGUCUGGCUCCCUACGUGGUCGAGCGGCACGGUCGCAGGAUGUUCGUUCCCGAUGAUGGCUGGCGGUCUGGAAAGGAGAACAUCUGCCUUAGUCAGCUCCCUGCCUCGAAAGCAUUCUUUGACGGCGUACAUACUACACGACGAACGCUCCUCGAGAAAAGCCCGGCUUUCUGUUGAGGCCUUACUUCCCGUCCAAUUCUUUGACACUCAUAUGCUAUUCUUAUCUAUUCCAGCUAUUGUACACGACCAUGCCAUGAAUUUAUACCGGCAUUCUAUCAAUAUAGUCCUAUGCAUACAUG